CCCCUCCUUUUCCCUUUCCUCCCUCGGUCCGAAGCUCUGCCCACGUGAGCAAGGGCGGCUAGGAGAUGGCGAGCUUCGGCGGCGGGGAACGGCGGCGCGUGCUUUGCUUACAGACUGGAGAUAACAUUCUUCAGAGUAGUAUGUUUGCAUCUGGCUGUGACAUACUAUGAGAUAGCAACAUCGGCUUCGGUCUGGAGCUCAUCUUUUAAUCUGCUAUAAUGUGUGGCUUGUAUGAUGUAGUUUCAGACACUUCUUUUUGUCAGACUAGAGUGUAGGCAUUUGGUUGUACGCAUGGAUAUGUUUACAAUCCAAUGCAUUUUUCGUAUGGUGUUGUUGUCAUAUUCCAUGAUAUAAAUAUUUUGUGUAAUUAGUUGAUUAAAAAAACAGAACUCAAAUUACAAGUAUAGGGGGAAAUCUUACCAUUUCAUGGCAAAGAUGUCAUCACAAGAAAGAUAUUCGUCUCUAACCAAACAUAAAUUGGGCUAUCCUUAAGGCCUUAACCACCUCUCAAUUUAGAACCAAACACGAGGAUGGGGAUAUCCCCAACCACACAUGGCUAGGGAUAUCCUCAGCCAAACCAAACCAAACCAAAUGCCCCCUGACCCUGAGUGCUAGGAUGACGACUGUGUUUCAUGGAGUCAUGAUCAGAUUAAAGGUGUAGUCGAAUGGCUAAUCAAAUGUCAUGCGCCAUGGAACAUUAGUUUAGUGGGAUGUUCUCUUCAUCUUCCGACUACUUAAUUACUGUUAUGGCAUUAGUUCAGCGGGCAUCCAAAUUUUGUCUAAUUUUGCAGAACCUGUCUUGUAUUAAUUUUUUAGGGUAACUGUACUACCUCCUACUGGCAGAUUCUCCAUGUCGGUUGAUCUUCACAUGUGCGCGCAUUUAUGGUCAACGAAUAUAAAGAGGUUUAUUGGUUGUUUUUCAUCAACUGGUUGGUUGCUUGUCUGUCCACUAUAUGUAUAGAUAUCCCACUGAAGAGAAUUAAACAGCAGCAUUUCUCUUUCUCCCGUGGAGUACUCCAGUGCCUUUCCUUUGAGAUCAGCAGUUAAAAUCAAGAUAUCAAUGGCAGACAAUACAUCAGCAGCUAGUUCAUCGUAAGGCGGACACAAAGAGCCACAGAUGGACCGACGACUCCUGAAAGCAGCCGCAUCUGGUGAUUCCACAUCAAUGGAGGAGAUGGCUUCGCAAGAUCAAAGCAUUCUUCAUGGGAAAACUCCGCAAGGGAACACCUGCCUCCACAUAUCCUCCAUCCAUGGCCACCAGGUAUUUUGCACGGAUGCGGUGGCACUGGAGGAAUCACUCCUUGCCACUGUAAAUUUGGAUGGGGAGACGCCUCUUCUCACUGCCAUUACACGUGGCUGGGUCUCAUUGGCUUCUGUCUUGCUCCGAUGCUGCCGUUCACGGCGGUUGAGUGAGGCAAUCCUGCAACAAGACACGCAUGGAUGCAAUGCACUGCACUAUGCCAUUCGCAGCGGUCACAGGGAGCUUGCGCUGGAGUUGAUAGCAGCAGAGCCUGAUCUGUCGAAGCACGUGACCAAGUUCAAUGACUCACCCAUGUACAUCGCGGCAAAGAGAAAUUUUGCAGAUGUUUUCGAGGAACUCUUGAAUAUUCCAGAUUGUAGUCAUGCGGGACGGUGUGACAACAAUGCUUUGCAUGCCGCAGCUACAAAUGGGAAUGGAGACAUCGCUACAAAAAUCAUGAGGAUGCGACCUGAAAUGGCCAGAGCAGCUAACAAGUACGGCAAUACACCAGCAAGAUUGGUUGUACUUUAUAACAAGGUUGACAUGCUACGAGUAUUGCUAGAACAUGAUUGUUCUUUAGGGUAUGAAGUGAGCACAAAAGGUUUUUCCCUGCUUCAUGCUGCCGCAUAUCGAGGUCAUAUUGAUGUUGCUAGAGAGAUUCUUAAACAUUGUCCUGAUGCUCCUUAUUGUCAAGUAGAUAACCAAGAUGGUUUGACACUCCUACAUACAACUAUAACCAACAAUCAUGCAGAGUUUGCUGACUUUAUCCUGAGGACACCGCAACUUCGCAAAGUCAUUAACAUGCAAGACAACCAAGGAAAACCCCCUCUACAUUAUGCAGUCCAAAGUUGCAAUCCUAAAAUAGUCGCUGCCUUACUGUCUCAUGAGGAUAUAGAUGUAACAAUGAUCGACAACAAUGGUGAUCCAGCAACUUGGGAACUGUGGAAAGUCAUACAGAAUGCCAAGACAUUAAACUGGAAUGAAGUGUGCAUGCUUAUGCUAAAAGCAAAUCCUCAACAUACUGGAUCUAUUUAUAAUCUUCAUCGGAAAGCCAAGCAAGAGGCGACUAAUGCAUCAAGGAAGGAUGCAAAAUCACUAACUCAAAUAUACACAACCAACACUUCGUUAGUAGCAAUCCUCAUUACAACAAUAGCCUUUGCUGCCGCUUUCACCCUACCUGGAGGAUACAGCAAUGGCGCUGGAAGCGAGGGACUUCCCGUCAUGUCUCGCAAGGUUGCAUUUCAGGCAUUCUUGAUCUCUGACACCUUAGCGAUGUGCUCUUCAUUUGCUGUCGCCUUCAUAUGCAUCAUGGCAAGGUGGGAGGAUUAUGAGUUCUUGGUUUACUAUAGAUCCUUUACUAAGAAGCUCAUGUGGUUUGCAUAUGUGGCAACUACCACAGCCUUUUCAACUGGUUUAUAUACGGUGUUGCCCCCACAUCUCCACUGGUUGGCCAUUGCAAUUUGCAUUACAGUAGCUUUGUUGCCCAUUCUCACGAAGCUGCUGGGCGAAUGGCCUGUCUUGAGGCUUAGAUUUCGGCUCGGAAAAACUUUCAACUCUGAUCUCCUUGACAUUGUGUGACCUCAGAUAUUUGUCUUCUGGUCCGUGUAACAUUUUGCAAUCUAUCUGCAGUUGACACUGUUUGGCUACUCAUAGAAUUGUUCACUCAUCAUGAAAAAAUAUUGUACUAUUAUUCUUGUAUUCAGCUCAAUUUUUGGGACAGAAUGUGGUCAUGUUAUUCUUGUA